AUGGCCUGCGGCAAGCCACCGGGUUUCUGCUGCACGUUGUGCGACUACAAGUCCUACUUCAAAGGGAACUUGAAGAGACACUUGCUCUAUGCGCCUUUGUUCCCGAUCGUGAGGCCACGUCUCCACGUUUGCCCCCGUUGCGGGCAAAUGUACUCGUGGGCGUCGAAUCUGAGGAAACACCUGAAGAUGGGCUGCGGCAUGGUCACGUUCGAGACCCACUUCUCCUGCCAGUACUGCCCCUACAGAUCGAGGAUCGAGGCGUCGUUCCUCAAGCACCUGCUCUCCGUGCACAACAUCAACGGCGUGACAGACGACCCGUUGGGCGUGCUAGACGCGUUUCACGAAGAAACAGACAUCAAGGAAGAGGGCAGUCGAUUCUUGACCGACGACUUCGAGGAUGACGAGGAAGAAGACCGGAAGAACAUGAAUAACGCGCAAUCGAUUAGGGAUGAGAAGCAAGAGGAACAGUCCGUAGACUACAAGUACACCUGUUUGAGGUGCAGGAAGAGCUACAAGAGGAAGGGACACCUGGUCGAACACCAGAAAAUAUUCUGCGGCAAAGACAAGCAAGAGUGUUGUCCUUACUGCGCGUUCCGCACGUACAAGAAGUCGAACCUGAAGAAACACAUCACCAGGAUGCACUGA